ACCCAUGCUUAUUGUAUACAUAGAUAUGAUAGAUCUGCACACGUCCUAUGUAUGUAGAAUCUACCCGUGUACAAUAACGGAAAUUCCGCUUUCGUUUUACAUAGCUCUUCCGCGCGUUUAUCAGUGUAAUAGACUAGUUUUAACACUGCAGCACCAAACCAUGGCAUUUGAGUAUAGAUCAAACCAUUCAUCCAGAGGCACUGCGCUAAUUAUUGGUAAUGAGUUCAAAGGUCAGAAAGCAGAGAGAAAAGGGUGUAAAGAAGACGUCAUUAUGAUGCAGGAGCUCUUUAGAAGAUUAGACUUUAAUGUGACUACUUUUAUGAACUUAUCUGCUGCUCAAAUGAAGGAAAAAUUAACACAAGCGAGUAAGAAUAAAAACAACGAAGACUCCGACUGUUUUGUAUUUGUACUGAGUACGCAUGGUCACGAGGUGUUCGUUGAAGACAUGGGGCAGGUAUACCCAUCAGGUGCUGAUGUAUGGCGGCAUGGAGUUCUCGGGGAGGAUGGUACGACAGUGUAUGUUGAUGAUAUAAUUGACAUUUUCACUGAUGACAAAACAUACAAGUUAGCCGGAAAGCCAAAACUGUUUUUCCUACAGGCUUGCAAGUCAAGGCAGACAACCAGGUAUUCGCCACAACCAGGAGACACAUAUGAUCCAGGUCAUAAGGUCGAGGUCAUGACAACGGCGGGUGAGUCAUCCAACAAGGGUCAAAGGUCAUCUAAGGCAGAUACAAAGGAUUCUGUGGACUGGCUUUACAAUUUUGAUAUAACUGGCACUGAAGAUAUAUACAGCGGUUGGGUGAAAGACCCUGAUGUUUGGUGUCCGGAAACAAUGGCUAAAACACCUGGUUCCCAGGCGUCCCAGCAAGAUGCGGCUUGGGAACUCGUAGAAGAAGACGCUGGCGGAAGUGGGGAUAGUAAUUCAUUGCCGCCAUCGCCUUUCGACAUUGUACCCAUCAAAUGCCCGGAUGACUUUCUUAUAAUGUAUCCAGUGAUGUCAGGUAAAUUUGCCUUCCGAAACGCUCGUGCUGGUUCCCAUCUGCUCAACUUUCUUCACAAAAGUGAGAAUCUGGCCGAGUUACUUCGUGGAUGUAACCUGUUACAGUACCUUACACGGGUCAGCCAGGGCAUGGCUUUAUACGAGUAUAAGCCGGAUCUAAACGCCAUUUCAGUUAUGAACGGACGAAGAGCAAUGCAGGCAAGAAUCAGUGGAGUUUCUUACGAUCCACUAGGUACAUUUAAGAAUCAUUUAUACUGCAAUAUCAAGUAUUUAAGCAAAGAGGAAAACCAAGAGAUGUUGAUAGAAAUUAUUGGAGAGGAACAUAGAAACCGUCUUAAAGGUGAUGCUUCAAUAGUGGAGCCAUAUUUGAAGGAUAUGGUUGAAAAACUAACGGAGGCGCAGAUGACACGCAUUUUGGAUAGAAUUCUGCCGUUUAAAAUGACAGCCUGUGUAGUACACAGGUUAAAAGGAGAUGUCUGCUUCCUACCUAAGAGAAAGAACACACCGAUGGGAAAGCUAAGGAAUGCGUUAUUGCCAAAGGAAACAUACGUGUAAUUAUCAAUGUAUCAUAUCUUCGUUAUGUCAAAAAUUAGUAUUAACCCUUGUAGCAAAAGGUACCCGAUGGUGAAAAUAGAAAGUCAUUAAUUCCAUUAUUUAAUGGAAAAUGCAGAAAUGAUUUAAAAGUAAAAACAGUUCAUAUACAUGUGUCAUCUAAAACCUUUAUGUGCCAAAGUGCCGCUUUUGCGGCCAUGCUUCGGUCCCAAAAAUGUCAAAGGCCACUUUUGUGGUGGUUAAAGCGAUACACCGGCUGAUAAGUGGAUGAAAAAUAAAAUCCUUUUUACUAUUGAAGAAUAAAUGUUUCUUAUAUUUUACUGACA